UCCUCGUGAUAGUUAUAGCUGAUGGCCGAACCCCCAUACGGCCUCCGUCAAAACGAAUUAUAUGCAGCUAUUGGGGAGAAUCCGGCUUGCCAACCCCCGUAUUCUGCAAAAGGCACUGCUGUCAUCCAUCCCUUGUUUCUGGAGAGGUGCUGUUUAAACUGCGCGAUGUGAUAUUACAGGCAGCGGAAGCUGGGUUACCUUGAAAAUGGACAUCCUGUUAUGAUUUAUUUCUAAUCUGCAAGCAUAAAGCAGAUUUUAAGCUUUUGGCUCCUCUGUGUUGGUUUGAGUUUUUGUUACACACAUUUGCUAGCUUCACUCAUUCAUUCUCUUCCUAUCAUGUUAAGCUUAGGACUGCAGAGAGGCAUGCAACAUAUUCACAGACUAAGGCCAGUGUGGCAUACACAAGUAUGCCACAAGCCACCACUUUCUGGGUACUCCUUUUCCACCUAUUCCAUUGAUGAUAGCCUCUUUGGUUUCACUGAAGAGCAAAAGCAGCUAAGAGCAACUGUGUCUGGAUUUCUUCAGAGGUAACUUGCCCCAUAUGCUGAUGAAAUAGACAAAAAGGAUGGCUGGGCUCAAAGAAAGGAGUUCUGGCUGCAGCUGGGCGCGCUGGGCCUGUUCGGCAUCACGGCCGACCCGGAGUUCGGCGGCUCGGGUCUGGGCCUGCUGGACCAGUGCCUGGUCAUGGAGGAGAUGUCGCGGGUGUCGGCCGGCGUGGCGCUCAGCUACGGCGCCCAGUCCAACCUCUGCAUCAACCAGAUCAACCGGCACGGCUCGCGGCGGCAGAAGGAGAGGCUCCUGCCCAGGCUCUGCACCGGGGAGUUGGUCGGAGGUCUCGCCAUGUCGGAGGCCGGCAGCGGCUCCGACGUAGUCUCCAUGGCAACGCGGGCCGAGCGGGUCGACGGCGGCUACCUCCUGAACGGCAGCAAGUUCUGGAUCACCAACGGGCCCGUGGCGGACGUGCUGGUGGUAUACGCGAAGACGGACCUGAAAUGCAAGCCUCAGCAUGGUAUCACAACGUUCAUCAUCGAGCGAGGAAUGCAGGGGUUCUCAACCUCGCCCAAGCUUGACAAGCUGGGCAUGCGUGGAUCCCCCACCGGCGAGCUUGUGUUUGAGGACUGCUUCGUGCCAGAUGAGAACGUGCUGGGCGAUGUUGGCCGGGGAGUGUACAUCUUGAUGUCGGGCCUGGACGUGGAGCGGCUGAUGUUGGCCGCCGGACCGGUCGGGGUGAUGCAGGCCUGCUGUGACGUCACGUUUGACUACUGUCACCAGCGGAGGCAGUUCGGCCAGCCUAUUGGUCACUUUCAGCUGAUGCAGGGCAAGAUGGCCGACAUGUACUGCGAGCUGAACGCCUGCCGGUCGUACCUGUACUGCGUGGCGCGCGCCGCGGACCGCGGUCACGUCUCCGGCAAGGACUGCGCGGGUGUCAUCCUGUACUGCGCCGAGAAGGCGACGCAAGUGGCGCUGCAGGCGAUACAGGCGCUUGGCGGCAACGGAUACAUCAACGACUACCCGACGGGGCGGUUUCUGCGGGACGCAAAGCUGUACGAAAUCGGCGCUGGCACGAGUGAGGUGCGCCGACUGGUAAUUGGCAGAGCGCUGAACGAAGAGUACAAAUAGGGCGGAGUUUUGGCGCUGCAGCCGCCGAUUGGUGCACGAGGGAAGAGCUUCGUCCGUGGAGGCUGUUUAUGAGUGCCUGUGGGGUGGGGCUUUAUCGAUGCUGGCUGCACAUUGGCGCACAAUGUGCCAGUGUGUGAUAGUGGAGGUGGUUCAUGGGUCAAGACAGUAUGAUGCAUGAAGCCAGUAGAGUAACCGUUUUGUCAUUUUGUUUUUUGAAGUGAUGGACACAGACUUUAAGUACAUGAUGGAGCAUAUUUUAGGUGCAAUAAACAGAUGCAAUAUGCAAUAAA